AUGCAAAUCACUAUUUUUGCCGUAGCCUGCAACAUAGACACUGCCUUAUAUUUAAGACAAAGAGUUCUUAAAAAUGUUCUAUGGAUACAACCGCCUAAACCAAUUCAAGCCACAGAACUGACAAAAUCAUUUCUAAUCAAAGUAAUAAAUGUACCUGAUCUUAAGCCUGGAGUGUACUCCAUUAUACUGACAGCGAUUGAUAAAGCAGGGAAUACCUAUUCAGCAAGAUGUCUCUCUUUCUUUGACAAUGAAUCUGUUGUUGAUGUUGAACCUUCAAAACGAAUCAUGGUAAAGGAGGCAACAGAACUUACAAACUAUAACUGGGUGUCAGUUGAUGAUUUAAAAAUGAAUGUCAUUUGGAAAGAUCGUUUUUUAAAUAAGAGACAUGAACAGAACUACUGGUUGCUUAGAGUUGAUAAGUACGUAGGGGUUAAAAAAAAUUACGAUGAUUUAUAUGGAGUUCGAAAUGUGUCUGCUGUACGCAAUAUACAUGGAAUCGUUAGAUUUGAAAUUAAAUACGAAGUAUAUGGCUCAAUGUUGAAAUCUAAACAAGAUUUCACACAAACAACAAAUGUAUUAAAUCAAGCUGAAUAUCUGAAUAUAACCUGGGAAGAUGGUGAUAGACUUGAUAUUACAGUAAGGGCCUAUGACAGUUUUAAUGAGUACAAAGAUGACAACAUAUCUGUUUAUAAAGAUAUUAGUUCUCCGGUAAUACAAAACUUAUGGUUAACUAAGGGGGACAGAGUGAAUAUAUCAGUUCAUAGUAUGAAAGAUUUUUCCAAAAUGACCAUAGAAUGGGAGGCAUUUGAUUACGAUAGUGGAUUGGACCAAGUUGAAUGGAGACUUUAUAACAAUUACACUGGAUUAGAAGAGCAUGGUAAAGCGGCAACAAGGGCACAGGGGAACAGCAAGACAUUGAAGGACUGCAUCAACCAAUAUGGUUCAGCACCCAGAGGCCCAUCCUGUUACUGUACAAUGUUCCAAGGUUGCUAUCACAAACAUUUUCAAAUCAGACCAGAUAUUGUAAAAGAUUCAGGAAUCACUCCUGGGAAAGAGAUUGGGUUGCAUGAUUCCGAUUACUUCAUUGAAGUCACAGUUAAAAACAAAGCUUUAUUAAAGACAAGAAAGACAAUACAAAUCACCAUCGAUUUGUCACCACCUAAUGAAGGAUACGUUCAUGAUGGUCUUAAAGGAGAUCCAGAAGUAGACUUCCAACAAGAUUUACAACUCCAUGGUCAUUGGGAAGGAUUUUUUGACCGAGAGAGUGGAGUCGACUUUUAUGAGUUUGUUUUCAGCGAUAAAUGUAUGAAUAAAACAGAGAUGAUAACAAGUCAACAGAAACAGGUAACUUACAACACUUAUGCUACCGUCAAUGCACCUUCCGAAGGUAUCUUCUUUGUCUCAGUUGUAGCUGUAAAUAGAGCAAGCGAAGAUUCAAAUGUCGUAUGUUCUGAUGGCGUAACAGUUACUACGUCUAUUCCAUUUAUCAAAGACCUUGUCGUCGAUGGUGUUAAAGCCAGGGACCAGAUUCUAAAAGACUCAAAUGACACUUGGUGGCUACUAGAUAGGAAUUUAAUACGGCAUAGAAUUACAAAUUUUUCAUUUAGACCUGAUAAUGAUCUGGAGGUGUCUCAGCAAAGUGAUGCUUUUGACGUAUUCCCCGAAGGUCAUCCUGUUAAAAAGAUUGAUCCUAAAUUACUGAACGCCAACUCUAACAGUGGAAUUAUUGGAGUUUUACCAAGACAUCAAUCGUUUCAGGUUAAAUGGAAAAGUGCUGUAAAUGAAAGUCUCAUAUAUGAUUACGCCAUUGGAAUAUCUUCAUCUCCAGAUAACAUUGCUCCUGAUAUAUAUAGUUUCCAUUCAUCAAAACAUCACACACACUUUAGAUUUCGUCAUAAUAUUCUUGUAGAGGGUGAAGAAUUUUUCAUUAUGGUCAAAACAACUAGUCAGUCUGAUGUUGUAGGAUAUCAGAGUAUUGGGCCAUUUAUUGUUGACAAAAACCCACCAAGGUUUAGAAAUGGUGUCAUCAAAGUUAUCAAUGUAAAUGGUUAUUUACUUACUUCUUGGCCAGAUGAUUAUGUGUUUGAUGAUGAAGAUCCAUUUCCUUUGCAGUACGAAUAUGCAGUGGGUAACACUGCUUCUCAGCAAGAUGUUCAAAGUUUUACGAGUAUCAGCAGUGUUGGACCAUGUACUGCAGGUUAUCCUCCAACAUGUUCCGCUAUUCUUAUAUCAGACCUGCAGUUGCCUUUACAUGCGAAUCAUGAUUAUUAUAUUUCAUUAAGAGUAACAAAUGUUGCAGGAUUAUCAACAACAACAGUAUCAGAACCGUUCAGAUAUAACGUACAACUUCCAUCUAAAGGUGUGGUUUUAGAUGUACUUCCUCAAGAAACAGAGCUCAAAGGAAUAAAGGACAUUAAAGAUGUGGAUUUUACAUCUAACAGAACACAUCUGGCCGUCGUAUGGUGGGGUUUUAAACAUCCUCAUCUACGUUUUAUUUUUAAUAUAUGCAUUGGAACUGAAAGAGAAAACUGUGAAAAUAGCACUGUUGUUGACAGAAACUCUUCCUACAAUAGCUAUGUUUUCAAAGACCUACACUUAAGAGCCUUUCAGAAAUAUUACAUAACUGUGAAAGCAAUAGCACCAACGGGUAUAGUUUCAGUAUCAUCUGAUGGGUUAACUGUUUUAGAUAGUACAAAAACUCUGUCUGAGAUUUCUGUUUUUGAUGGAACAAAUUGUACAGACAGUCAGAAUUUGUUAAGAAGUCAUCAUCAGUUUGAUACUAGACCAACAUGUAGUGAAGAAAUAGACUGUCAAACAUCAACUUCACAUGCUGCUGCGUACUGGACUGUGCCUAAUGAACAUAUUGACUAUACCCGGGAAACAUUUAUUGCAGUGGAAGAAAGAGCCCACUUUGGUGACUUUUGGAAAAUAUUUUUUAAUUACACAUAUGUUGGAAAACAUAAUAGUUUUAUAAUCGGAGAAAUAGAGCUACAGCCAGGGAGAUUCUAUCGCUCAAGUUUAAGGUUUUGUGUUGAAAACAUAUGUUUCAAACCAGUGAAAAGUGAUGGUUUUAUAGUUCUUCAUAAAUAUCCAAAAACUGGUCGCAUAGAAACUGUUUACAAAAACAUUUCAGCCAUGUCUAAUCAGAUAUUUAUCACGAUAGAACGAAUGUUUGAUCCUGAUGUUGAAGACAUGGAGGAAGCUUUGAGCAUGGUUAAUCACUAUGAAUGGGCAAUAGGAAAUAACAUUGGAGUUCAGACACAAUGGACGAAUGUUAAUGAUUUUUCGUUUCCUAAUGCUACUCAUAUGAGUUUCCAAUUAUCCCUGGAUAAGAGCAUAGAUUUUUCAAAAUGUAAAAAAGUGCAUGUGAGAGGAUACAACAAAGCUGGUAUGUGGUCUGUAGUGUCAUCAGAUAUAAAGAACUGCCAUGUAACGGACAGCGAUUCAUUUAUCAUUCCAAAUAUUGUUGUUGAUGCUAUUGGAAACCCGGAAAGAAGGGGCGAUGGUAAAAUUCGUGAAGGAUAUGGACGAGAUAUAUUCUUAGAACAAAAUGCUGCAUGGAAAGAAUCUGAUAUUGAUUACACAUCUUACAGAAACAUAUUAUCAGCUGUAUGGCCAAAAUUACGUCAUAGGACUUACAAAUGGGCAGUUCUUGAAAUGAUUGAUUCAGAUAUAGACAUGUAUUAUAGGGAUGCACAUCUUAAGUUGCCUGAACCAUGUUCAAAUCCCUAUGCAAUGAAAUGUGGUGAUACAGAAAAAGAAUACGUUAAUGUACUAUUUGGAGACGAGGAAGAAUUAAAACAUGGAAAGAGAUAUAUGAUAUGUGUAUAUGCACCAAAAACGGUUGUAACUCAUGAGAAAUGGGUUGAAACAUUAAAAAAGUUCUCAGGUUGCAGUGACGGCGUUACUGUUGAUUUAACUCCUCCAAUUCCUGGAAAUGUGUGGAUUGGAAUAGACUUCUCAGAGAAAUAUCAGACAUCGACCUCAGACAUUUAUGUAAAUUGGGAUUCCUUUCUUGAUGUGGAACAGUUUGUUAAAACAAGCCAUACUUCUGGAAUAAAAGAAUAUAACUUAGCAAUAGGUUCUACAAUUGGUGGAUCAGACGUUGUUCCAUUCACAAACAUCGGGAUAACUAACCACUAUACUCUGCACAAUCUCAGAUUACAGAAUGGACAUGAAUACUAUGCUUCGAUCAAAGCUUAUGACUUUACCGGACAAAGUUCAAUAGUCACUUCACAUCCAGUAAUUAUCGAUAACACACCACCAGAGAGAACAAAAUAUCAAAUACUGAUAACAGAAAGACAUAUUAAAAACUUAACUGAAUUAAAUGCUUGUUGGAGAAGUGUGUUUGUGGACAAAGAAAGUGGAAUCGACUACUACUUGUGGGGCGUUGGCUCUAGAAAAGGUCAUGAUGACGUCAUCGCAUUUACUAAAACAAAGCAAGACUGUGAAGUAUCAACAAAACAUAAUGACUAUGACGUACAAGAAGGUCAUAGUUACUUCAUAACUGUAAAGGCAAUUAAUCGGGCUCAUCUCAUAAACUCAGCGUCAUCAUUAUCAUAUAAAGUAGACCAAUCAGCACCCAUAGGCGGAUAUGUUUAUGAUGGAUGUCGUCAGAAUGCAACAGAAUUGAUGAAAGACAUAGAUUAUCAAGUUGAUUCAAAGACACUAUUUAGUCACUGGGAAGGCUUCAGUGAUCCACAUUCUGCAAUCAAAAUGUACUAUAUCAGCAUUGGAACAUGUCCUCGUUGUCAGAAUGUUUUACAAGAGGUGGCUGUUGGAACAGUUUACGAUUUUUCUCUGCAAAAUAUUCAUUUGACAACAGGAUUGAAUUAUUUCACAACUGUCACUGCCUGCAAUACUGCGGAUUUAUGUACAUCUGUGACGUCAGAUGGAGUAGUACUUGAUGAUACUCCUCCUACAAUAGGAGCUGUUCAAGAUGGAGUUGAAAAAGACGACAUAAACUACCAGUCCUUAAGGAGCUACAUCGCAUGCAAAUGGUAUGGGUUUACAGAUCCACAGUCUGGUUUGGAUAAAUUAUCUUGGACAGCAGGAACAAAACCUAGUUCAGAUGACGUUGUACCAUUAACAGAAUUGCCAAUUACCAACCCUAUUGUAAAUGUGAAUCUUAGCGCAAGUUUACCAUUGCUCAAGAGAAUAUAUGUUACAGUGAGAGUCUAUAAUAAAGCAGGACUAUAUUCUGAAGCAUCGUCUAAUGGCUUCAUUAUUGAUGAAACACCUCCCGUGUUCUUUGAAACCCCGUUUUUAGUUCAAGAUUUGGGUUCAAUUUAUACGGAUUCGAUUGUAUUCAGAAGUAGUUUUAAAGUUAAAUGGACAGUUGAAGAUAAGGAAUCAUUUAUUGAGAGUCAAUAUAUUUCAAUUGGAUGUCAUAUUGGCGGAAAUUUCAGUUCUUCCUCCAUUCAGUUGAAUGGCAUUGUACGAGAAUAUACCUUUUCAAGACUUGAUCUUCAUGAUGGUGUUAAAUAUAUUGUUCACAUGAUUGCAUGCAACCGAGCUAAAUUAUGCACAGAAUCCAAAUCAGACCCGAUUCUAGUUGACAGCUCGCCUCCUACUCCAGGCAUGUUUGCUAUCAACACGGAUCAUGUUUCAAAGCUUGGACGAAUGAUUGAUGGCUGGAUGACAUGGUCCAAGUACAAAUUGUGGUUAUCCUGGCUGGGCUUUAGUGAUUUGCAUACUGGUAUAGAACAAUAUUUGGUGAAUGUUGGGAGUAAAUACAUGCAAAGUGACAUCAAUAAGGUUCAAGGGUCACCUGCAGUUUUUCCACACAAUGACUCGGGAGUAGACAAAGGAGAUGAAGGUUUUGUUCAAACAUUUGUUAUUGAAACAGUCAGUCUUAGUCCGUAUGAGCAUAUAUAUGUUAGCGUGUGGGCAGUGAACAAUGUUGGGUUAUCCAGUCAAAUGAUUCACUCUCAGUUUAGAUUGGUGCCUGGUGGUUCGCUAGAGCUAAUUCGACGGUGCACAUCUAAAACAUGUUUAGGACAUUGUGUCUGUUCUACACAAAACGGACGCUGUGCGCUUGCAGGCAAAAAAUGUCAUGAUGUUUCAAAAGACAAUACAAAUAAUGAAGUAGGAGUUUAUGAUGUGACUAAUCUUCAAGACAUACCUCUGUCUGAUAUUCAGUACACUCCGUCAGUAGUAGAACUGGCUGCGAAAUGGCAAGUUAUUCAGGUUCAUGGAUUGCCGCCACUCUGGUAUGAAUGGAGCGUAGGACUAGCUACCAAUGAUGAACCGGAAGGUGUUUUUGACAAUUUGCAAGAUGUUGUUUGGAGACACGCUGGCCAAACAAAUCAAGCUUUUCUGAGUAUUGAAAGAGGGAGAGAACCAUUAGAUGAAUCUGUCGCCUACUCAAUUUUUGUUCGAGCGUGGUACACUGAUGAUACAUACGCAGUAUUUAAAACAAAUGGAGUUACUGUCCUGUCGACACCUUUAGCCAUGUCUAAAAUCAAAGGAUCUUCAGUCUGUGAACAAAGACCUGGACAUUGGAAGAAGGAUAUCGAUUACAUAAAACCAGGAUUUCCUUUUACAAUCAAUUGGAGCAAUGUCUUCAUUAAUGCAGAUAAAAUAAUUGAAAGAUUUAAUAUUUAUCUCAGUUCAUUUCCUGGAGGAUAUGACGAGCAUAUAGCCAACAUAGAUUUACCUGGAACAGUCACAUCAUACAAUGUCAGUCGUAUACCUCUCACACCGGGCAUUGUUUUCUACAGUAAUGUUGUAGCUUACAGCUUUUCAGGAAUACAUUCAACUGCAACGUCUGAUGGGAUAACAGUUGACAUUGUACCACCAUCAGCAGGGAGUGUAAAAGAUGGAACAGGUAUUUAUGAUUGUGAUUAUCAGGACGAUCCUCAUGUCUUAGGCGCAUCUUGGCACGGUUUUUCUGACUUGGAUUCCGUCAUAACGCAUUAUAUGUGGUGUGUACAGACGGUUUCAGAGAUAACUGUAUGUAACAUCAGAGCCUGGGAAAGUGUGGGUAUCCAGACAUCUGUAUCUAGAAAAUUGAAUGGAACUUCUCUUUCAUCAGGAAUGAAAAUUCAGAGUCUAGUAUAUGCAGUGGAUAUUGUUGGACAUGAGUCUGAAACUGUUAAGUCAAAUGGUGUGAUAAUUGACACAACUCAACCCAUUCCAGUUAAAAUGAUACAUUUAGACAUCAACCUUGCGUCAAAUCCAUCUUUUGAGUUUUUAGAAGGAAAAACUGUGCUUUUGGAAAAUGUUACAGAUGAUAGCAGCUUCUGCGUUAUGACUGAAUACGUUGAACUACUAAAUUGGACGAAAAAGUCCGAUUCCUGUGUAAUAGUGUUGAAAUCAAACAGAAACAUUGCUUUUGAUGGACGAUCGUUUUUAUUGCUGAAUGGCGAGAUAUCACAAAUUGUGUCAAGUCUUGAGAAAGGUCAUCUGUAUCGUAUAACAUUUGUUACUGCACAUCCUUAUUGGGAAGGGAUAGAUGGUGCCAAUAAAGAAGGAUUCGUUCAGAUUGGAAAUGAACGACAUGUAUUUUUGGUAUUUACAAAGCAGGAUAGACAUACAGCACAAACUUAUGAUAUUCCUUGGCAUCACCAUACAUUUUAUUUUAGACCAGUCUUACAAAAUAUGACAAUUAGUUUAGGCAGUUUAUUUGGAAAUACAGGACUUUAUUUUGAUGAUGUAAGAAUCCAAAAGGUGAACAUGCUAAAAACGGACAGCAAUCAAACCGUUGGUAAACAUGUAUUUAACCAUAUUAUAACGAUUCAUCAAUGGUCUUCAGUACAUGCCUCGUGGCAUUUCUUGGACCCAGAAAGCCCCAUUGUUGAUUACACGUGGGCCAUAGGAUAUACAGAAGGAAGUACAGAGGUUCAAGGUUUUCAGAGUGUUGGUCUCAGCAACUUUGCAUAUAACUACAAUGUAUCUUUACCUCAUACAUCAACGAUUCACGUGACCGUCAUAGCUACGAACGCUGCUGGUUUAAUGACAAAGAUACACGCUGAAAGUCUUCUUGUAGAUAAAACUCCACCAGAAAUAACGUGUGUAAAUGAUGGUAUAGGUGAGGAUAUAGAUGCACAGUCAGAAUCUGAAAUAUCUGCCAACUGGGAAGUAGACGAUUUAGAAUCUGGAUUAGAAUCCUGCGAAUUUUCAGUUGGCAACCAGUUGUACGGCAAUGAACUUCAAACAUUUCAAAAAAUACCUGUUGAAUUACGACUAUUGUCGAAAGUGUUUCCAUACGAUCUCAUGUUUAUGCGGACGAUAUAUGUAACCAUUAGAUGUAAAAAUAAGGCUGGGCUGCAGUCAUCUCUAUCAACUGAUGGUGUUACUGUAUCUAACCUGCCUCCAGUCAGUGCUGGUGCUCAAGUGAAUAUCAUCCCUCUGUCAGAUACGGAAUAUAUGGCUUAUAAAGGAUUUCAAAAGAAUAAACAUACAAUGAGAAUUAAAUGGUCAGGUUUUAAAGACAUAGUUGGUCUGGACUCUUAUCUGGUUUCAAUUAAAAUGGACAAUGAGGAAGGCUCUAUAAUCACACGGUCAAUAACAGCUGAAAAACAAGAUACUUCAUAUUUAGUGUUGACUGGACUUGACCUGAUCGACGGUAACUACACUGUUGCGGUUCAAGCCAUUAAUAAAAUGUAUGUCCGAAGUGACCCAGUUAAAGCAGCUAUUACUAUUUCGUCAUUGCAGCCUAAUGUGAAAAGUUCCUCAAUUUUACAUGUCUCUAUUAAUAAUCGUACAGUGCAGAUAUCAUGGAAAGAUUUGUUUUCCGAAGAUAAAGACACAUUUUACGAGGUUUCUGCCGGAACUUUUAUUGGUAGUGCUGAUAUAAUACAGUGGCAAGAAACGAAAAAUACAUUUAUUACAUUUUUCAUUCCACCGAGAAUCAAAUCAAUUAAAGGUUUAACAAGUUACAUAACUGUUCGCGGGAUUUAUGCUAAUGGAAUGUUUAAUGUUGUCAAUCAUAGAAUAGAUUUAAGUAAUAUUUGAAAUCGCUAUUCGUUUAAUUGUAAUUCGGAAAUUACCAUUAUUAAAAAGUUAUCAAAGUCAUUUAAAUCUGGUAUGCUAAGUUAUGAAUAUGCGUAGUAGAAUAUAAUUAUAUAGUGGGGAAUGUGUGAUGUUUAAAACAAAAUGAGAAUAAGUGUGUAAACUAGAAUAAAGUUGGUUACACUUAU